AAGAGUGUGUAAUCCUGCUGAACUGACUGCUUUCCACAGAGGAAGCAGGGGUGGGUUCAUGUGAAGAGCCUGGAACGCAGUGGACAGUGGUUCCUGUAGCUGAACUACAGUGAGCACAUACACGAGACUCGGGAUUUUCUAUGCCUUUAUUUGCUUACUGCCAUGAGUCAGCUGUUCUCUGACAUAUUUAAGGAUGAAGACAUAUGCUCCAGCUUCAUUGGAUAUUUUAAGAAGAUUAAGGCUGAAAACGGGAUCAUUUCUCAGAAAACCAUCACUUCAAUUGAGUUACAUCUGGCACAAGGAAACAUUCAGAAGGCAAAUGCUGUAAUUACUGAUGCAUUAAGAGAAAUUAGCAGGACCCCACUCAAUAUUGCUGUAACAGGAGAGUCUGGAACUGGGAAGUCCAGUUUCAUCAAUACCUUCAGGGGGGUUGGACAUGAAGAGGAAGAAUCAGCUCCAAUUGGGGUGGUGGAGACAACCAUGAGGAGAACUCCAUACAGACACCCCAACAUUCCGGAUGUGGUUAUAUGGGACCUGCCUGGGAUUGGAACCACAAAUUUCCCACCUAAAGAUUAUGUGGAGAAAAUGAAAUUCAAUGAGUAUGACUUCUUCAUUAUUGUUUCUGCCACACGAAUUAGGAAAAAUGAUAUAGACCUUGCCAAAGCGGUCAGCAUGAUGAAGAAGGAUUUCUACUUCGUGAGAACCAAGGUGGACAUAGAUUUAGAAACUGAGAAAGAAUGUAAAAAUACCUUUGACAGAGAAAACUUACUGCAGCAUAUCCGAAGCGAUUGUGUGAGUAACUUUAAGAAAAACAACCUUAAUGUACCACCAAUCUUCUUGAUCUCUAUCAAAAAUGUAUCUGACUAUGAUUUCCCAAUCCUGAAGGACAUGCUGAAAAACAAACUUUCUACUCACACACUUCAAAACUUUAUGAAUUCCUUACCGAAUAUUACUGAGGCAGCCAUUGACAGAAAGCACAAGGCUAUGCAGCAGACAAUCUGGUUGGAGGCCAUCAAGGCUGUAACUAUGGCUAUUGUUCCUGUAAAGGGCAUCCUCAAGGACAAGGAUGUGGAGAGGCUGAAGUGCCUUUAUUUGCUUACCGCCAUGAGUCAGCUGUUCUCUGACAUAUUUAAAGAUGAAGACAUAUGCUCCAGCUUCAUUGGAUAUUUUAAGACGAUUAAGGCUGAAAACGGGAUCAUUUCUCAGAAAACCAUCACUUCAAUUGAGUUACAUCUGGCACAAGGAAACAUUCAGAAGGCAAAUGCUGUAAUUACUGAUGCAUUAAGAGAAAUUAGCAGGACCCCACUCAAUAUUGCUGUAACAGGAGAGUCUGGAACUGGGAAGUCCAGUUUCAUCAAUACCUUUAGGGGGAUUGGAGAUGAAGAGGAAGAUUCAGCUCCAGUUGGGGUGGUGGAGACAACCAUGAGGAGAACUCCAUACAGACACCCCAACAUUCCGGAUGUGGUUAUAUGGGACCUGCCUGGGAUUGGAACCACAAAUUUCCCAUCUAUAGAUUAUCUGAAGAAAAUGAAAUUCAAUGAGUAUGACUUCUUCAUUAUUGUUUCUGCCACACGAUUUAAGAAAAAUGAUAUAGACCUCGCCAAAGCGGUCAGCAUGAUGAAGAAGGAUUUCUACUUCUUGAGAACCAAGAUAGACAUAGAUUUAGAACUUGAGAAAAGAUGCAAACAUACCUUUGACAGAGUAAAGUCACUGCAGCAGAUCCGAAGCUACUGUGAGAAUAAAUUUAAGGAAAACAACCUUGAUGUACCACCGAUCUUCUUGAUCUCUAACAAAAAUGUAUCUGACUAUGAUUUCCCAAUCCUGAAGGACAUGCUGAAAAACAAACUUUCUACUCACACACUUCAAAACAUUAUGAAUUCCUUACCGAAUAUUACUGAGGCAGCCAUUGACAGAAAGCACAAGGCUAUGCAACAGAUGAAUUGGUUGGAGGCCAUCAAGGCUGGAACUUUGGCUACUGUUCCUGUAAAGGGCAUCCUCAAGGACAAGGAUGUGGAGAGGCUGAAGGCAAGUUUAAACCACUUUCGAGUCCUCUUUGGAGUGGAUGAUGAAUCCCUGGAAUUCAUGGCAAAGGCUUCCCAAGUGCCUGUUGAACAACUGAAAGAAAUCAUUAAAUCUCCUUAUUUGUUAGAAACUAAGAAAGAAAAAACAUUUGGAGAAAAUUUUUUGAAAUAUUUAGAGAAAUUUGUCUCAGCUAAGGGUGGGUCCAUUGCUACAGGUCUUUACUUUAGGAAAACCUUUUACUUUCAACUUCUUUUCCUUGACACGGUGACUGAAGAUGCCAAAGUUCUCCUUAGAGAGACAUUUAAAAAAAACUAGUUCAGACAAGUACAGACCAGGCAUGGUGGUGCACAUCUUUUGCCUUUAACCCCAGGUCUCCACUCAGGAGGCAGAGGUAGGCACGUGUCUGUGAGUUUGAAGCCAGCCUGGUGAAUUCCUGUUAGAGUUACAUGGUGAGGCUUGGCCUGAAAAACAAAAACACUAAAAACAAGCAAGAAACUAGAUCAGACUCAAUUUACCCACAACUACUGACCAUAACACCUAAUGGUUAACACCAGAGAGUCUUUUUCCAAUCUGUAGCACCAUGAGAAAACUUAAGGAUAAGCCCACGGGCCUGAGUUAUAACAGAAUCAUCUCCCUCAGAUUCUCUCUCCCUCCUUCCUUUCUGUAUCUCAAAUACAAAUAAACACAUACACACACAUACACACAUACACACACACGCACAUGCAUACACACACACACACAUGCACACACGCACGCACACGCACACACACUCAACUGAGCUUUACACCCUUCCUGCUCUCAACAAACCGGUUUAUAAAAGGUCUGGUAUGACUUACAGAUUUUCUCAACAGGUAGACUUAAAGCUAAAGUCAAAAGAAACUGUAACUGUAGAGACCACAAGUUUGUUAAUGAACAAUCAAUUCUUAAAACUCCUCAUCAGAAUCUUUCUAGUGAUAGUAACUAAAGAACAUUUAUAAUUCUGUGCUCGGACCAGUGGAGAACCCUGAGAUCCUCUUUUUGUCAUUACUUAUCUUGAAGAAUUACUUUAAUCUAUAUAUGGCACCAUAAAAUACUUGACAAACUGUUGAUUAAAAAGGGCAUAUGAUGUUGGUGUUUGACAGUCCCAGUAUACCCAUGAUAUGAUCCUUUGGAUUGCUGGCAGUGUCCCUUUUAUUUGCUGAUAAUCUCACAUCCUGUUCCCAGGACUAAAACUUUGUUUUUCUCUGGAUGAAGUAUGAUGAUUGGUACCUUAAUUAGAAGGUCUGGAAGAGAAACAGAAGAAGAAAAUGGUGUAGUAGUUUAGGCUGCAGUAAUAAUAUUGUAGAAGUAUUACUCAUACUUGUGCACACUGGGCAUCUAAGGUCCAGGUGCCACCACAGUCAGGCAGGUCCUUGGGGAGGUCAACCAUCC